AUGCUGCGAAAGUCCACCUCACUACAAUCGGACCUACGGGCCAAUCACUUCUGUUCCCUCAGUGGUCUUCGCAGUCUGCGACAGACCUCCCUCGGAUAUCACGCCGAACAGGUUGAACGAGUUCUGAGACACUUAUGCAAGACUCUAGGAGAAGACGCCAGGUGGCUCAACGUGUCCUGAACGGCAAGUCUAUCUGCCAAAAGUCGCCAGCUAUGGUUGGUCGUCUGUUUGCCUAAAUUUGUGGAGCAGCCAUGAGAAGGUCAUUUUCCAGUCUCCUGUUGAGAAAUCUGCGGACGCACGAACAGUGAGACCUGGGUUCUGACCCUCAUUGUGUGCACUCUCCGUCAAACAAAACACGCAUGACGAGACGUCCGGCAUGAAAUGAAUGACAUUGUCCUAAGACGGUCCUUGAUCCGGGUACAGUUGUAAGACUUCUCUACAACGCACACACCUCCCCUUCGAAACUGGCGUCAGUCACAUGGUAUGGGCGGUGCUUUAAAGAAAAAAACAUCCGAUGAGUCACGCAUUCCCGAACAUUUUUGUUGCUGGUUGGAUUGCAGACGCUGACUCACCAGAUUCUUGCCAGGGGCCUGCUAGCGUAGCUGGCCGGAGCGUUGUAGACCGCUGGAAGCGGGGGCUUUCAACGACAAAAAACAACCGCUUGCUGGGCGUUGACUAUUAAAAUUGAAAUCUAAGUCCCACGUGUCCCGAGUCAUAUCGGCAAAAUCGUCAGUCAUCUGUGUGGAGGUAAAUGCUCGAGUUUCAGGUGUGUGAAUGCAUGAGUAAGGGGAUUUUUGGCCCCGGCACCGUUUGUCUAAUUUACUGAGCUUUCAAACUCGUACAGCAGUCCAUCAUCAGAGAUGACCGCAGCUACGUAACAGGUGAAAGCGGGCCGAUCAACGGUCAGUGCCGUAGGUCUGGAGGUUGCUGCGCGGGGCUCUGUAUCGAUUGAUUGAGUUCGCAUCGAAAGCCCAGGCUUCAAUUAACUGUCGGUCUGUCUCGAAUCCGGUAUGAGCAAUUAUCUUGGCGGCUGUAAAGUUAAACUCGUGACCCGUUUCGAAGGUGUUGGCAACCCCUCGUGCCAAUUCGUCAUCCUGUCGCACAGGCAGUUUACGCUCGAAUGUGCGUGAUCCAAGCACGCGUGCAGUCCGAUAAAUUCAGAAGAAGAAGAAGAAGAAGAAGAAGAAGAAGAAGAAGAGGAAGAAGAAGAAGAAGAAGAAGAAGAAGAAGAAGAGGAAGAAGAAGAAGAAGAAGAAGAAGAAGAAGAAUAAGAAGAAGAAGAAGAAGAAGAAGAAGAAGAAGAAGAAGAAGAAGAAGAAGAAGAAGAAGAAGAAGAAGAAGAAGAAGAAGAAGAAGAAGAAGAAGCAAUCAGUGGAACAAGAAGCUUAUCGGCCUGACGUUAAGGAUUCUCACUCGAAAUCCUCGCAAGGGCUGAAAACCGCGUGAGCUGCGAGCUGCCCGAAUCAUGGUUCUCAUGCCCGCAAUCUAUCAACAAGUGUAAUGACCUCCUGUUACCAUAUUUACUGAUGAGACAUUCUCUAAGCAGGGGAAUCAGCCAUGUGGGGAGGGCGGGGGCGAGCAACAAUCUCGGUGACGGCGGCCGAGUAAUCAUUACGCCAACAUCCAACACGGUUGAUGAAAUCGCGGCUAUUAACGCCUCGGACACGGACUGACGAGUUAUCAUCGCCUCAUUUACGACCCUCAGCAAUGUCCGCGAGAGCCUCCACUACCUUUAUCUGCGGCCGUCUCUGAUAAUGGGAUCGAGUGGGAAUUCGAAACUUCAGGCCAAUAGACUUCUUGCUCCGCUGAUCGCAUCUUCUUUUUCUUCUGAACUGCUUCCUAGGACUGGCCAGUUCGCUUCUAUAGGCAGCCUGGCAAAUGUGAUUUCAAGGACAGUUUAGGCACGAUAUACGAUGCACCAUAGCAGACGGCCUCUUGGGACCUAAUCUGUCCUUAACUUUCCUAACCCUGCUGCGCAUGGUAACUCCUGGCCGGUGCGCUAUCCCAACACCCAGUCCAACAGCAACACGCCCCGUCGUCCCAGAAACGUCCUUGAUGCAUAGCAGAGCAUGCCAUAUCCUCAGUGGCAUUUCUUUUUGGGUCCUUCAGGGAUGAACACGUAGGAAUCGGCUUAUAAGAGAUCUGCGCAGUCGCGCAGUGGACAUCAGGCUCGCUGCAGAAGUCAGGACAAAGGCGGAGGGGGGAGAUAUCCAUCACAGCCAAGAAGCCUGGCAUAAUCCACAACUUUAACAAGUAGCAGCGAACUACUACUACUACUACUACUACUACUACUACUACUACUACUACUGCCACUACUACUACUACUACCACCAUUAGUACUAUCACUACGACUGCUACUAUUAAUACUACCACUACUGCUGCUGCUAAACAAAAAGCUCUUCGGUCUAUCUGCAAACAUGAUUCUCGAAUGUCCGCUUACCUCCCUUAAUAUACACUAAACUGUUUUGAAGUAAGGAACUUGGUCGCUUUGAAAACCGGUUUUUUGAGGAUUUGGAUAUGCACUCAAGGAGUUUCCAAACAUGACAUGAGGGCCACGCCUGAGAAUUUUUAAAAAGAAAACAUUUGAACGAGAUUAUAGGUCCAGUCAGCAAGACACAAAAUAACGGAGAUGUCGAAUGGGAACGUAACACACCCUGGCCAACUUAAUGUUUCCCAGCACGCAUUUCUGACUUCAAGUGAGCGAUGAAUUCGGGAGAUGCACUAUUGAAAAAACAUGUCUCCGAAUAUAUAGGCAUGCGCCGCUGUGCGGCUGCUGGUUGAGCUCGAGAGAGAGUGAGAGCCCUUAAGGCACAACGGAACGACUGAGUUCCGUAUGAACGAUCGGUGAGCGCCCCCUACCAAUGUCCCCGAAUCUUAAAUAAGAGAUCCACGAGCUUCUCAGCGUAGCACACUGCCAACCACAGACGCUUCAAAUGCUUCUUUCUGUUGCUUAUCACUUUAAGCUAUAGUAACCGUGCUGCGGGCGUCUGUUGCGCAAUAUUGCAGCUCUCGCGCGGCCUUGCACGUGAGUACCAGUGUCAGUAUGGUCCCCUACCAAUUACGGUUAGCCAAACCGUCCAAUUAACUCCAAGGCUGACUCGUACAUGGCCUCGCCCAAGGCGCUCUGAUGCCUGCCAUGUCAGCACUUGGACGCCGGCUCUGGUGGCACCGAACACGUGCCUCGCCCAUCUGACAUCUGGCUUCAAUCUAUUAUCCAUUGAUUCUGCACGAAAAGUAAUACUCUCUCUCUCUCUCUCUCUCUCUCUCUCUCUCUCUCUCUCUCUCUCUCUCUCUCUCUCUCUCUCUCUCUCUCUCUCUACUGGAGUCUAACUUCUAUUCAGGGCCGGACCCGGGGGUCGUAGUGGCAGAGGUUCGCCAAUGACUUAAGUUGCCGCGACAAGGCCUCAUAUGUGGUGGGAAGAGAAAACGAAGAUUUUAAUCCAGGCCACCCCCUUAAACUUUUGGGAGCUUAAGCUAACACUUUUAUAACCACGUUUUCCCGGGAUAUUAUACAAACAAAAAUCGACCCAAACAUCGAUGCGAUAUACUACUCAAAUCCAACAGAGUAGACGGUGUGAUCAUGUUUGCAGCUUCGUAGGCAUUUUAAACUUCAGCAUAUCAGAUUUUCAUUCGCAAUUCUAAAGCCGGAAGAGUACAAUGGCUGACACCAUCAAGGCUACUGGAGAUAGCAUCGGCACAGUAGGUGACAAAGGGAAGCAGUGCGCCUACGCCUACCACAAACUUGCUGACCCCUACUUCCACGCACUUAAUUGGGAGCAUAUUAAGAGGGGGUCAUUGUAUUCUGCCCCUCUGUUCUGAGUAGAAAUGACUUACCUCGACUAUUGGCGCUAUACGAAAGUGUGGAAAUGCACUUGAUUAUUUAUGGUACGCAAACUAGGCCCUGCACGCAGCCUGGGACGAUCUGGCUCGCUAUUUCAUUUCCCACACUUGCGGCGAUCUCUGGCACGGCGUAUGCGUGGGCGCAAAGUUGGCCGAGGUCUUGGCUGGAUAGGGUGAUUCUCAAAUAUCGCGUCCUUUUAUAUCAAAGGAAUUUGCUUCCGUUGUGUUUGAAAAAGCGUCGUUGUCUACUUAGGCAGUCGGUACGGCCUUGACCUUAAUUGUCGUUCUCCGCACAGAAGAUAGGGCUGACUGCUUCGAUGUAAUUGGUCGUGACGGUACCCCUGGUUUGUGUAAUUUUGGCAGUCCAUAUAGUCUGAGAAUAUGCGAACCUACAGGUGUUCUCGCUGAUUUGAUGAAGUCGCUAAAUGAACAACGCGUAGACGAAUCGUUUCCAGUAAAUCCAAAUGGCUACAUUGUUAACAUGUCGGAUUUGAAACUGACUAAACCGCAAGCCGAAGCCCUCUCAUUGGGACUUCAGUUUUGUAUGCCAAGAAGAAAAAUAGAUCCGACGGAGACUGAGAUUCAAUUUGAAGACCUAUAUCACCAAUUAUCGAAAGUAACGCCGACGUCAGAGGACAAUGCGGGAUGGUUGAAAGCGAAAUUCGUUGGUAUCGCCUAUCAAUACAGAACUUCCCCGACUAAGCAACGCUCACAAAUAACUAAACAACACCUCUCAGCCCUAACUGACCUACGUAAGGCUACUGCAGUCGUCUCUAGACCUGACAAAGGAAGCGUUGUCGUGAUCCUAAACAAGACUGACUAUGUGAGAAACAUGGAGGCGAUAUAGAGUGACUCCAGCAAAUCUUCCUCGGAAACCCAUGUGAAAGAAGAAACAAAAGCGCUAUAAGACCUUAUUGGGAAAAAGGUAAAAUCGUUACUUGAAAAGCAAAUAACAGUCGAGAACAUGGCUGCGUGUCUUAGGCCUGUAGGUUCGCAUAUUCCCAAACUAUAUGGACUGCCAAAAUUGCUUCGAUUUACGCAUUUCUCAAGAGCACAAAUGCCACAGCAAUUGGGCGCGAAAGUGCCUUCACUUUCACCGCUUUUUGGUCCAUCGUGACCUCAUAGAAAUCAAACUGACAAAUUUCCGGCAAACAGCAGUGACGGUGUUGGCUACUAUUACUCAGGGAAUCAGGAAAAUGAAGACACUUCCUGUCUUCAAUAUUUCAAGCGGAAGUAGACAUCUAAUCGUUUUCCUGUCCCUGUUGGCUCCAAAAUCUUAAUCCUCUCAAGCUUAAGGUUAGGCAGACCGGAGAAUCCCCUCACAUCACUUCUUCAAACCCUGUUGACGUCCUCUCAAUAAUGUAGAGGCAGAAGCCCCCCCCUGUAGUCAGGCCUACUGAAAGGAGAUCGAGGAGUCCGUACUGUAAUCCGGACGUCUAAACAGCACAAGGUAUAUUAGCAUUCUGCGGAAUAGUGUCUAAAGCCUUAAUUUUUAGAAAUACAGUCUACGCCUUCGCUUGUACUCGUGGUUUACAAACUGCAUACCAGACGUUUUCUGGAAUGUUAGCCACGGGAUUUGCCUGUACUUGGGACGUGGGGUUUACCAGAUGGGUCAUAAACACUUCAUCGAACCGAAGUUCAUCAGUGCCUCGCCACCUGUCAUUCUCUGUCGCUGCAGAUCGGGUAUUCAUUCACUCAGGAAUGGACGCACACCGAUCCAUUGGCUUCCCAAAGCAAACAAGCUUCGUAUGGGUGAUAGGGGUCACGAACAGGCAACCAUCUACCAGACCGAAGUCGACCAAGCUAUGAUAGCAGAGGGGCGACGUCAGAUUCUGGGGGGUUGAUUGAUACAGCACUGUUUCGGACUUGUUUGUCUUCAUCCAGCCAAUCAUAGGCUUGAUCACCUGUUGGGACCUGACGCAGCUGGUCCACCACUGGGGUAUACCAGAUGGAUGUAAUACGUUUUAGCAUUACUGACAAAGACAAGGGAGACUGCAAUGCCAAUUUCCAGGUUACUAGUCAUCGCCAGCCAGCCAUACCCAACCCCAAUCACAACCAACAGGGCAACGAGCCCGUUGGCGACUAUGUUGAGGACGACACACACUCCGGUUCGAUAAGACACUAGGGAGCAGUUUACCGGUUGUGUAAAUUCUGAAGUGGGCGGCCAAGCCCCAUGUCAAACACAGACGUAUGAAAAUGGUAAGAAGACUUUAAGACGUAUGAGGUCUGUGUCACAAAAGAUAAAAAAAUCGAAUUAUAAGGAGGGGAUACAGAAAUGCUAGGAGGAAUAACGUAUACAAACAUGCGUCUGGAGUAAGGGAUGGUUUCGAAAUGUCCGUUACACAAGCGGCGAGGAGAGUGGCGCUGGUGACAACUACAGAAUAGGGUCGUGAGGGUUGCCGACGUCAACCGAAAGAUAACGUGAAAAUCUGCGGCGAAUGGUAAUUGCGACGGAGGGAACCAGCGAUUGCGAGGGGAAGGCACACUGGCAUCUUCACACCGUUCCCGUCUUGGGUCCCCGCCAAAAGGUAACUUCAGUCCGUUUAAACGACCCAAUCAGAUUUGUUGUGCCUUGCACAGUAAAUGCGCAAAGCAGUCAGGAUCAUGAACAUGCCUGAAAAAAUAAGUCCUGGUUUUUCAUUUCUCUCAAUAAGCGAUCAAUGUAGGCUGUCAUUCCACCUGGGAUGACUGUCGACUUUUCUACUUUUUAUUGAAAUCGUGUGCGGCGAAGACGUUUUCCGUCCCCAUAUUUGGUGAGUAAAACACUAAUUGGCAUUUUUUGUUUGGUUUUUCUGGGACGUUUGGAAAUCUUUAUUCGGGCCGCGCUCCCGCAAGAAAUGCUGAGCUUUGUUGCAACUCACCAUUUUUCCGAGCGUCCAAGCAGUUCUAUUCAUUAAAGCAUCGUUUGCGUCCCCACAGAAUCGGUGAAUGCUGGUUCGUCAGUCGUUCACAACAGCCUUUAAAACGCAACAAACACGAUUCACUCUUAAAUGUGUUCCUCGCCGUCAUCCAUCGUCGUAAGACGUCGAUGUACAUGACGUCGCACAUGUACACCCCGAUCCUCCUCCCAUAGUUGCAGGUGCCGAUCAUGUCGGCACGGCGCGGUGGCUCUUCCCUGAGGCGACUCGUUUCACAGCAUCCAUUUUUGGUGAGAUGAAAGUUCCGGGAAGGACGCUUCGUACUCGUGUUAGAAAGUGCACAUGUAGGACAAGGAGUUAGCAAUGGCCCUACGCCACGUUAGACUCUGAAGUAGAAAUGACCUGCGAGUCACCGAAACCGCCACCCCCACCGUCACCGCCGCCCCCAACUGUGCCACCUCCUAUACGGCAAUGUUUCGUCUCGUUCCCACGCCGAACGAUCUGUUCUCAUUCCGCGUAUGCAUUUUAGAUGAUGUUGAACUCCAAACCGCUGAGGAGAAAUGGGAGUAUGCAGAGGAAGGUGUCAUAGUCUACGACGGAGAGUCAGAUGAGAAGGUUACAAAGCAAGCCCUACUGACGGAAACUGAGAGUUUGCAUUAUCCAUGACACCUCUCACACUUUUUCUCUGCCUUUGCAUUGUGAAGCAAAGGCUCCUCUCUAAGGCGACUCAUUUCACAGCAUCCAUUUCCAGGAGAUGCAAGUUCCGUGGAGGCUGCUUCACCCUCGUGUUGGGAAGAGCACAGGCGUGACACGCCUGCAAGCCUCAGCACCUCAGCAAUGUUUCUUCACGAUGCAACGGUCGAGGAGCCAUCGUGUGUUCUGCUGCGUGAAACCAAGGAGGCUCAACUGACACUUCUGCACUCAUUCCGCGUAUGCAUUUUAGAUGACAUAGAACUCCAAAGUGGGCUUGAAUGAUGGGAAAAUGUGGAGGAGGGGGUCUUUGUGCAGACCACAGGGGCCCAUCAUGAGAAUUCACAAGAAGCCAUAGUGCCCAGAGUCAACGGGAAGAAUUAUCCAUGAAAUGUAGGACGGUCCAAGAAAGAGUGCGCUUGAUGCAAUUCGUCCUCUCGCCACUGCAAGAUGACGUGACUCACACAGACGCCCAUAUCACUGUGGAUGAUAAUGUUGCAGAUUAUGUGAUUUACACUGCGCGCUGGAAGGUCAGAGAUGGGCAGAGGACGCUGACAUCAUCUUGUCCACAAAGAGGCGGUUUGCGAGUAGAGAUGAAUGCAAUGCAGUGGUGGCAAAUGGUAGGUCAAUCUGUUGAAUGCAAAACAGCUGUUCACCGUUCAAAUGCACGCCCCAUGGUUAAAUUCCUGACAGUAGCUCCACUGAUGCAAGUUCGGGAAAGGACGCUUCGUACUCGUGCGGGAGAUGGCGUUGGCAAUGGCCAUACGUCACGCUAGACAUGACCUGAGAGUCACCAAAACCGUCGCCGCCGCCGCCGCCGCCGUCGUCACCACCACCACCACCGUCCACCACCCGCCAACCACCACCCACACCCAUUUGGCGUGUCAAGUCGCCUACUUGUACUCACUCCGCGUACGCAUUUUAGAUGACACCACCAUCACCAUCAAAAACAACGACGACAACAACAACACCGUCUCCACUUCUGCCUCCCUGAUAUACAGCAGUGCUUCUACUAGUUCCCACGGCGGAUGGUCUGUUCUCAAUCCCCGUAUGUAUUUCAGAUGAUGUAGAACUUCAAUGCGCGGAGGAGUGCUGGGAAUAUGUAGAGGAAUGCGUCGUAGACUCCGACGGACAGUCAGACGAGAAGGUUACAGAGGAAGCCCCGCUGACAGCAGCAGUUGAGGGUAGGCAUUAUCUAUGAUACGCCAAACACCUUUUCUCUGCUUUUGCAUUGACAAGCAUUUGUAUCAUAUGAUAUGUAGUCAAUAAGUGUGUCCGCGGCUCACACACACCAUACUACCACGGAUGCUCUAGUCACCUGCAAGCCUAGUGGCUUUCUAUAACACGACCCAUUUCACAGCAUUAAUUUGUGGAGGUAUGUAAGCUGCGGGGAGAACGCUUCGAACUCACGUGGAAAUGUGCAUCUACGGAGCCAAUUGUUGGCCAUUGGCUUACACCACGCAAGACUCUGCAGUUGACCCUACCCCUGAGUCAACAAAACCGCCGCCGCCGCUGCCACCAACAGCACUAUCACCUCCACAUCUUCCUCCAUGGAAUACGACAGUGGUUCUUCUCAUCGUCAUGUCUGACGAUAUAUCGUGUGUUCUGCUGCACCCAUUUGGCUUACAAUGUCACCUACCCGUACUCUCUCACCAUACGCAUUUUAGAUGACUUUGAACUCAGCUGUGUCCAGACACGUUUGGAGUGUUCUGACGAGGGCAUCGAGGUUCAUGCCGCACAGUCGUACGUGGAGGCGGAACACAAAGCUGAGCUGUCCACGGUCCAGGGUAGGCAUUAUCUGAAAAUCGUCAUUUGGCCUUUUUUUACAUUUUGCCACUCAGAGGCUACCGUGCCAUAUUGUUUGCAGUUAAUAACAGGGUUAGGGGAAAUUUGUCUCACCACAAAUGUACGAUGCACUCUCUCUCACAGGCAAUCUUACAAUUGUAGAGGAUAUGGAUUUGCUGUUUGCGUCGGAAGGCCGAGGGAAGGCAGAGGACGCCCCCGUCACCCUGCCGACCAGGACGUCAGCUCAGAUUGAGCACAAAUGGCGAAUGUCCGCGGCAAACGGUAGGUCAAUCUAUUCUCCACAUAUUAUCAUACCUCCUGGUGCAGUCACUGACAGCAUUUUACCCAAUGCAGACCCAAUUCCCUCCAUUGAACUCUCCUCAAUGAAAGUCCGCGCCAAUGACAGUUGUUUGAGUCAACAAAACCGCCGCCGCCGCUGCCACCAACAGUACUUUACUCACCACAUCUUCCUCCAUCCAAUACGACAGUGUUUCUUCUCAUUGUCAUGUAUGACGAUACAUCGUGUGUUCUGCUGCGAGAAAUCAAACUACACCCAUUUGGCUUUCAAAGUCGCCUACCCGUACUCACUCACCAUACGCAUUUUAGAUGACUUUGAACUCAGCUGUGUCCAGACACGUUUGGAGUGUUCUGACGAGGGCAUCGAGGUUCAUGCCGCACAAUCGUAUGUGGAGGCGGAACACAAAGCCAAACUGACCACGGUUCAGGGUAGGCACUAUCUGCAAAUCGUCAUUUGGCCUUUUUUCUGUCUUAUUAAUUAGAGGCUUCCGUGUCUUACGGAUUGCAGUUAAUAGGAGUGGUUGUUGAAAUUUGUCUCACCACCACCACCACUACCACCUCCACCAACACCACCACCACAUCUACCUCCAUCCCAUACGGCAAUUUUUCUUCUCAGCGCCACGGCUCACGAUCCAUCGUGUGUUUCGCAUUUAAGAAAUCAAUCUUAAACCGCACAUCAGUACUCUCUCCUCGUACGCACUUUAGAUGGCAUGGAACUUCGGUAUGCCGGGGAAGGUUGCGAGUGCGCUGAAGAUGACGUGACUGUCCACAACGCACAGUCGUUUGAGCAGGCCGAAGAGGCAGCUACGUUGAGCACUGUCGAGGGUAGGCAUUAUCUACGAAUUGUCAUUUGGCCUUUUUUCCGUUUUAUUACUUAGAGGCUUCCGUAUCAUAUGGUUUGAAGUUAAUGAGAGUGUUAGAUGAAAUUUGCUUGCUGCCAAUGUACGAUGACCCCGCUCUCACACAUACUCUUACUGUCGUGGAUUUUGUAGAUGGCAUUAAGGGUCCAGGGGUGCUGGAAGGCCGGAUGGAGGUAGAGGAGGCCCCCGUCAUCCUACCGACCAGGCAGGAGCCAGCCCAGAAGGAGGCAUACAAGUGGAGAAUGUCGGCAGAAAGUGGUAGGUCAAUCUCUUGAUGUGUUAGACACAGUUGUUCAUUAUCCAAAUGUCAGGUCUCAAAGUUGCUUUCCUGUCAUUAGCCCUACUGACAUCAUUUUAACAAAUUAAAACAUGGAGGCGGCUAGCACAUGGGAAUCCGACGCAGUGGUAGGAAUCUGUGUCGGAAGGCAACUGUCCAUCAGAGGGACUUGGCGCCCCGCCUGCUUGUUGACAUUACCACUAACGAUGGCUAGUGGUGAUGUGUUCAACAACUUCUAUUAUAUCAAUCAUGGGUGUUGAAAGACAGAUGUGUAUUUCCGGCAGAACUGGAACCACUCUUCUAGGCUGAAUUCACUCCUGCGUGUACCAGGACAAAACAGACGACAGACCGCUUCUUCAAGAUGGUUUUGUCUAAAAGUGGUACUGCAGUCUGGAUUAAUGCGUCCAGCGUCCUCAUUCGAUGACGUCCAAGUAAAGGCCAUAAGCGCACCUUACGAAUGAUCCGCAACCAUUUUGUCACCUCACUUCUUAGCACGACAUGGAGGCUAUGUUCCCAGUGGUCUUCAGCGACCCACUUACCUGGUUGCCGGCCUGUGGCGACAUGCACCUACCGGCACCGGUGAGUCGCCUGUAACGGGGAGAUGUUGAAGUGGAAGAUGACGUGUACACAGCCACUUAGGCUUUUGCUUCCAUCGACCAAGCCAAACACAUUUACCUAUCUCAUGAAGCAUAGCUGCAGAAUUGUAAUCAAUUCCCAUCCAGGAGGGCGAAACUAAGCCACUAUCUACUCAGCAAACCUGGUUGUGCCUUCUUGCAGCACUGGCAAAAGACAGCAUAUUAAAUCUCUUGUUGUCUGUUGAAGACCCACUGGGAGUCAAAGAUGUUGAUGUCCGACAAACGCCGCCGCCGCCCUCUCUUCCUUCUGCACUCAGGCCAGACAGUGAACCUGAAAGUGACGAAAGAGCUGGCUAG